CCAACAUUGACCUUACUGUGUACAUAGCUCGUGUUAACGCGGUGUAUUGGAUACACCGACUCCGGUUGGCUACUGUAACCUACCUACACUAAACUACCUUCGGAACGGACUUCCAGCUCAGGGAUUCGGCUUUCGGAAUCCCAUCUGGCUUACUAACAACGAAGUUCAUUUUCGGAGCCCCGUUACCUUCUAUGCCCGUCGAUGACCGAUUCAUGGGACAUGUGUGUGGCAGAUCAGGCAACAGACUACCUUCCAUUUCCCUCCCUAUUAUAGUUUCGGGGCUGAAGAGCGUCGUAUAAAUCAGCCGUACACGCCCACUCUCAGCUACAACAAUUAACGAGCAGUUCACACAUCUUUACAAAACUCACACAAAACACCCAUUACAUUUCCAAAAGCCAAUUUCGACAGCAACAUGGCUCCCAAGUCUCUUCACGCAGUCGCCUUGACGCCAAUCAUCCUCGGCCUCCAGAAUGCAGCUGCCGUGCUCCGCAAAGGCGAAGCACAUGCCAAAGCCAACGGCAUUGAUUCCAACGACUAUCUGACUGCACGUUUGCACUCCGACAUGGGCGAUCUCUGCUUCCAGGUGUACCGGUUCACCGACAGUGCAAAGUUUAUCGUGGAGCGCUGCAGCCCGUCAGCCCCCACCAUCAGCAAUCCCGAUGUGCAGAAGACCUUUCCCGAGCUUCUAGAGCGCAUUCAGAAGACGCUGGAGUAUGUCGAGAGCAUCGGACCUGAUGCCUUUGAGGGUAGAGAAGAUGAAGAGGUUGUGCUUCUCAUGGCGAGGAAUGCGCCGAAUGGUCCCGCCGAGGUUCGACUGACUGCAUUCAACUACGUUUUGCAACAAGCGCACCCGAACUUCUGGUUCCAUGUUACAACCAUGUACGAUAUUCUGAGGAGCAAGGGCGUGCCGGUAGGAAAGACGGACUUUUUGAAUGGAGCUGGAGUCAUCCCUAUCAAAUGGCUGGGACAGAAUGCGUAGAUGCACAUCGGACAGUGGAAAUUGGAAAUGCACAGAUCCUAUGGGUAAUAAAGUUUCUACAG